AUGCAGUCAUACGUUCUCUGUAUGAUUGUGCUCUCGAUUUGGACGCACUCUCUGAAAGCUUCUGAAGAAAAUGCAGUACAGUAUGCCGAUGAAACAUUUCUUUUGAAACAAAAGUUUCUCUUGGAAAUUGUUCGAAAUAUCUACCAACCGAUGGUAAUUGAAGAUUACGUGCCAUACUCAAAAAAUUGGAUUGCAGAUGAAUCAAAAUACAAAGAUUACGGUGCAGCCAGUCACUUUUUUCAGCUGUACGAAAGCGGCUUUCUGCAGAAGGGACAAACAUAUUCCAUAUUCAACUACUGGAAUCUCCAACAAACACGCGCGUUGUUCCAAUUGUUCUACAACUCAAUCGAUUGGGAUACUUACCGGAAAAAUGUAAUUUGGGCACGUGAAAAUACCAACGAAGGAAUGUUCAUUUGCGCACUUAUGCUCUCGGUGAUACAUAGGAGAGAUCUACAGGCUAUGGAAUUGCCGGUUGUUUAUGAAUUAAAUCCAUAUUUGUUCUUCAAUUCCGACCUAAUUCAGGACGCUAUGGUGCGAACAAUACUCGAUCCAGAAUUUGGGUUUUAUGAGAGUAAUUUUCCAAACGCAGUAUUUAAUAACUACUCUUCGCAAAUCCAUCGUCAGAGGGAGGACACGUUAGCUUACUACACCGACGAUAUAGGCAUGAACUCGUACUACUUCUAUUAUAUGCUAGAAUAUCCUGCAUUCCUUGGAGGCGAUGAAAUGGGUUUGAGUAAGGAUCGCCGUGGGGAACUUUUUCUGUACAUGCACCAGCAGAUGCUGGCUCGGUACUAUCUGGAACGUCAAUCCAACUCAAUGGGACCAAUCGAAGAGUUGAAUUGGCGGUUCCCGCUGAAAACUGGUUAUCAUCCAAUGCUUAGGUACUGGAAUGGAGUCGCUGUUCGAUCGAGAGAAAAUAAUCAUAAUCAGGAUAUGAAAGAUGCCAUUAACGUGCAGAACGUGCUUAAUUAUGAGCAACGCAUACAGGACACUAUUGAUAAAGGAUAUUAUAUUCUAUCAAAUGGAUCUAGAAUUAACCUACGUACAAAGGAAGCAGUCGAAAUGAUAGGAAAUAUCAUCAACGGAAACGUAGAUAGUAUCGAUCCAGAUUUCUUUAAAUCAUUUGACGAGUAUGUUCGAAUGAUUUUAUCACAAAGUGAUUACUAUCAACCAGCCGAAAGCGUGUGGCCUGGGCCAACAAUGCACUACGAAAGCUCGAUGCGUGAUCCAAUAUUCUUCGAAUAUUUGGAAAGAAUUCUCAGACUGUAUUGGCGAUACAAAAACUAUUUGCCAUUCUAUACGUACGAUGCACUCAACUUUAAGGGUGUUGUCAUUGAACAAGUAGCGGUCGAUAAAUUGGUCACCUACUUCGAGUACUUCAAUGCUGAUAUCAGUAAUGGCCUGCCAUUUAAGUCUGAUGGGUCUAAGGGAAGAUCCACAUGGAAUUUCACCGUGUUCGGCAGGCAAAAGCGGCUAAACCAUAAACCGUUCAAUUAUACUUUGACAGUUCAGUCCGACAUCGUUGGAAAGGGUGUGGUCCGUAUCUACAUGGGUCCAAGAUUUAAUAACAUAAGACAGCUUCAGCUGUUGAAAAAGUACUACGUAGAGAUGGAUCAAUACGUGGUGGAUUUGGUAAACGGUCCAAAUAUCAUCCAUCGAGGAACAAAAGAUUACUAUUUUAAUACCGGUGAUCGCACAACGUACACCGAACAGUACAAAAAAGUUUUACGCGCAUUGGAUGGCAAGGAACAGUUCGAGCUGGACAUGUCGGAAGCACACUGCGGGUGGCCCGAUAGGCUGUUACUUCCCAGAGGACUAUCCAGCGGUUUCGAUAUCACUUUCUUCUUAAUAAUUUCACCUUAUAGUGCACCGAAGGUGGCACAGUUUUCCACCUUCGCACAUCCAGCAAGCUGUGGUGUUGGCACCGGGUCAAAGUACAUCGAUGAUCUACCGUUUGGAUUUCCUUUCGAUCGAAAAUUGGACGUCGGGUUUCUUAAACCGAAGAACAUGAUUUUUGAAAAUGUGACAAUCUACCACUUGGAGGAUACUCUCGGCUGA